AUGAGACAAAAGCCUAAAGAAGAAAAGCCAAUUCUGAUGCCGUUUAGGCUAAUUAGAUAUACACCAGCAUUUGAAACACAAGUUUUAUAAAUAAAAUGGCAUUCGGUUCGAGAGAAAUUAGCUCUGCUAAUUUUCUCUCCCUCAUGGAAUUUUAUUUAUGGGGUUGGGUUUUCUCUCGAGAACUUCUGCACAGUAACAGCCGUUUAACUCAGGGAUAACCUGAGGAACGGCUCCUCAGUGCAUCAAGAGGCUCGGAGUUUUACCCCUCAGCACAUCUCCACGGGAAGAUGACCCUUAGGCGGAACACGCGCAGGAGCUGAGUCAGGGCGAGGCAUCGGCAACGCACCGGGUGAGACGUGCGGCGAAGACUGGUGGCGAAGCUUUGAUAGAAGGCUUGGGCCUGGGCUGACCAUGUUAAUCCAAGAUGGCUCGGUGACGUCACUAGUUUAGCUAAAAGCCCUUUUUGGGGCUGCGGCACUGACACCUUAAACACAGAAUUAUUAAGGAAGUAAGUAAGAAACACAAGUUUUAAUGACGACGAGAAAAGAAAAACACAUGCGUAUGGAAGCAUCAAAAAAAAAGAAGCCAGAGUCAAGCAACCAUUCUGACUGUGUAAGAUCAAAUAAUGUAACUCCAAGCAUGGAGACUACUAAGGCAACAGAACAGCUGCUGAGCACUUUUAGGUCUUCUUUAAAAGAUUUAGAUGCAGCUCUGGUACCUACAUUUGACGAAAAUAUUAUGAGAUUAAAAUCAAUGACACAUCGCCAAUUAGCAACUGUAUUGGAUUUACUUAAAAUGGCAUGAUGAGCUGACCCCCUCUUAAGUCCUGCAGCUGGCAUUUCAAUGGGGGUACGCAGGGACCUUUAGGAAGUGAUGAUGGCGUUCGGGAAUGCGUAUUGGCUAGGUUUUCUUGGCUUGAUGAAGCCAAUGUCGAAUAAGCUGACUGAAUGCUUUACUCCAAUGCCAAGUGUUUGCAUCAGAGGAAAAUUAGUUCAGAAGUUGGAAAGGGUUUCUCAGCAGACCCAAUGGCGAUAGUUCUGGCAAAUAAGGAUCAUUCCCCAAUGUGAAAUCAGGUGUUACGCGCUGCAGAUUUCCAUUGAGAGUCAGCCAGAAAAUUCAGCCCUUUUUAAUUUUUAUUGGCGGGCAACCUAUCGACCCUCGCCAAAGCGACAAGACUCACCCAACUGCUUGUUAGCGAGUGCAGGCCCUCUUCCGGCAAAGCAACCUUCGCGACAUCGUGAUUCGCAGGUUGUUGAGUAGGUGGGGAAGUGUUAUGGGUGGAUAUAGUCAAUUAUAAUUCAGCAGGCUUUUCUAUAAAUAAUUAAGUAGGUUAAGUAUGUAAGGCAACUGUAUCACUCCCAAAACUGAAAAAGCCUUUGACCUCGAAUGGAAAGCAGCUUAUGUCUCAAAGAUCCAUUAUAACUGCUAUGAGUAUCCCGGGAGUUUCAGGUAGCGAUCCUGUUCCAGGAGGCUAUGAUAGUGAAGAGUGUAAAGAAUUAUCGUUAGUUGCUUAAAUUGCAACAUUAAGACCAAAAUGUGGAAUCUUUUCCACAUGUGAAAUCAAAAGGACUCCACAUGUGAAAUCAUCUUUUCACACGUGGAAAAGAUUACACAUGCUGGUCGUAAUGUUGUAAUUUAAGCAACUAACGAUAAAAAUUUUUAAAAAAAAUUUCGAUCGUUUUUUUGGAUUUUGAACUAUAAAGCCAACUAUUGGGGAAAAACUGAAUUCAAGAGAAGGCUGCCAAGGGGUUAUCGUAGAAAAUAAGCUGUAUGUUUAUGGAGGACAAAGCUGAACAAAGCACACGGAUAUAAAACAAUUAGCUAUCCCUACAUGGACAUGGAGACAAAUAACUGCAUCUUAUAGUCCUCAAGGAAGACUGGGGCAUAGUCUUGUAGCCUACAAAAAAAAGUUAAUAGUCUACGGAGGUUGAGGAAGCCAUAGAGAAAAUUUAGGUCCCAGAAGAUGUGCAAGCAAAGUCUACUAUCUAUCUUUAUCUAAGCUUAAAUGGCAAAGAUACAGCGGAUCUGGACCUCAGCCUAAUCCUAGAAUGCAUCACUGUGCUGCACAGCUUGGAAAACAUAUGAUUGUUUAUGGCGGAAUUGAUACACAAAAUAUAGCUACAGAGGAUCUCUUUCUUUUUGACAUAAAAUCCAAAGAAUGAAGUCUCCCUGAAGUAACUGUUGCUCAAGACCCUGGGCCGCGUUCUCAUGCGAGUUUGACAGCAGUUUUCCAUGAAGACUUAAAAAAUAUUUUCGACUUUUCCAUUUUCAACAUUCCUUUAUUGAGGCAAGACUAUAUAAUCCCAAACAGUGGUUUUUAUCUUUUUGGAGGCCUUGACAGAGGCGGAAUGCCUUGCAAUAGCUUAUUUGGGCUAUAUAUUCAGCUAAAUAAAAUUAUAUGAACUGAAGUUAGUGGCUAUGGAAGACCACCUCCUCCAAGAUAUGCCCACACUGCAUGCUCAAUUAAUAAUCUGCUGUUUAUUUUUGGGGGAAGAGAUGAUUUUUCUCAUAAGGCAGGCGAAGAUAUGAGUUUAAAUGAUCUUCAUGUUUUCAAUGUGGAGACUUUGAUGUGGUUGAAAGUUGAUACGAUGGGAACUCCACCGGCCGGAAGGUGGGGACAUUGUAUGGUAUCGAUAGCAAGCAAAGUCUUGAUUUUUGGAGGCAUGACCUUAUCAAACUUUUUGUCAUCUGAUAUAUAUUGUUUGGAAACAAAUAGAGAAGCAAUAGAAGAGCUGAUGAGAGAGAGUAAACGAAAUGUCAAACAAGAAAGAGUUGUAGUUAGAGAGAAAACUGUGGGGAAGGAACUUAAAGGGUUUAUUAGUCGUAUGUCAAGUAUUGAAGAGCAAGAGACGUAA